AUGGCGUUAUCUAGAUUGUCAGAGGCUUUGUUUGCUAGCGACGGCUAUGGUCUGUGGUGGUUUUUGUCCCUAGGUGUCGUCUUUCUUGUCGGCAGAAGUCAGGUUCGAGCCAAGCCUGUGGAUCCAAGAGAGCCGCAAGAAGUGAAGCCCAGGAUACCGCUUGUUGGCCAUAUCAUCGGGUUACUUGGGUCAAGGCAAAAAUACUAUCGUCAACUCGGCCUUGAGAAUGCGAAACUUCCCAUCUUUUCCAUCUCGAUGGGAGGAUCCGAGAAGAUAUACAUCAUCACAGCACCGCAGCUGAUCCAGGUUGCAAUGAAGAACAAAUCUCUGAAUCUUUACCCAGUGAUGGCGGAGUUCGCGCAGAAGAUGGUCGGCUUAGGGCCAAACGUCAUGGACUUGUUCCACAAUCCACCGACUGAUGGCUCCAUCUCAUGGAUUGAGGACCAGCAUCCAUCUUUUGCCCCUCUGGCUCCUGGUCCUGAUCUACAGGAGAUGAACACCUAUGUCCUGAACAAGAUUUCGAAGACCAUCAAUUCUAUCGGACCUGAGUAUGAGACCAAGAAGCUGUACAUGUGGUUCAGGGAUUCCUUCACCAUGGCCACGGUGGGCUCCCUUUUCGGUAACGAGAACUCUCUGAUGCACGACCCGAUGUUGAGCAAGAAUUUGUGGAAUUACGAUGGUGGCCAAGCCGAGCUACUCAUGAAACCGCUACCCUCGAUAACAGUAUCAAAGGCCUACAACGGCCGUGCUAAGGUGCAAAAGGCUCUUCGGAAAUACUUUCGCGAAGAUUAUGAUCACAUUACCGAUGCCAGCAGUGUCGUCAAGCGGCGCGUGGCGGUGAACCGGAAAUGGGGCCUGCCCAUUGACGACAUCGCCGACCACGAAUUCGGGAUGCUCUUUGUGAGCGUCACAAAUGCUAUCCCGACACUCUUCUGGAUGAUGUGUUAUGUGUUCCACGAUGCCAAACUCGUUGCAGAAUUGCAAAAAGAGCUUCAAGCCCUUGCUGUGAUACAACAGCAGGACAACGGUGGCACCGGGUGGCGCCCGUCUCGAAAGUGUACUUUUACCGUCGCCAAGUUCCGGACAAAGUGCCCCUUGCUGGUGUCAACCUACAAAGAAGUCAUGCGUUUGACAAAUCGCUCAACUGGCACACGCCGGGUGGUGGAGGACACAUUGAUCAGCUACAUCCCGUCCGGAGAAGGCGGCGACACAAAGACAUACCUUCUCAAGAAGGGUGCAAACAUUCAAAUCCCUGCCAUUAUAACCAACUUUGGCCCCGACGCGUGGGGCGAGAAUGCACACGAAUUCAACCCGCGACGGUUCAUGACUGCGGACAGAGAAAGAGAGCGGGCGCAAAGCCGCGCCUUCAAUCCUUUUGGUGGCGGUAAACACCUUUGUCCCGGACGUUUCUUUGCCGACGCGGAAAUCUUGGGGGCGAUGGCCGCGUUGGUGCUGGGUUUCGAGAUUGAAACUCCUGCUGGUGGCAGGAUUGAGGUCCCGCCGAUCAAUAAUAACUUGGCUGAGGCUGUUGGAAAGCCCUUGACAAGCGUCCAGGAGAACAUGAUGGCGAGGAUUCGACGGAGGCCGGGUUGGGAAGACGUGGAGUGGGCAUAUAUUGCGAACAACGUGACAAGCUGA